CUGACAUCACAUUCUGCAGAAUCUCUUUCAUGCAGACGGUCUCUUCUUACACUAAAGCACCGAGACACACGAUGCUUUGUGUUUUCGCAUGAACUUUGAUAUUUUCCAAUCUUUUGAAUCAUUUGUUCUUUGGAUUUUUCUUCUGUAGUGGAAUCGUGACUUUGGAUUAUGUGGUUUCUUUGUUGUUUUCACGCCCAAAGAGGCGCUUGUUCUCCGCGCACUUCAUCGUGGCUAAUGCGGUCUCUCGUGCUGUGCGUCUUUGUCAUGACUGUUGCGCGCGGGCAGGUCCGUUAUUCUAUUCCAGAGGAGAUGACAAAGGGCUCGCUGGUGGGAAAUAUCGUUCAGGAUCUCGGGUUGGAUGUAAAGAGGCUGAAAUCUGGUCGAGCGCGGAUCUUUACGGAGGACAGUCGUGAGUACAUCGGUCUGAAUGUGGAUAAAGGGACUCUGAUAGUGAAAGAGAGGAUAGAUAGAGAGGAGCUGUGCGCCCAAGUGUCUCCCUGCUCCUUACAUUUUCAGAUCAUUCUAGAAAACCCCAUGGAGCUGCAUAGAAUUGAUGUAGAAAUAUUAGAUAUUAAUGAUCAUGCUCCUGUUUUCGCCAGAAAGGAAAUAGAUUUUCAAAUAAGUGAAUUGGCGCUUCCCGGGGCUCGAUUUUCAUUAGACAGCGCCCAGGAUCCAGACACUGGCACUAACGCGCUUAAGUCAUAUAUGCUACAUCCAACAGAAAAUUUUGAACUAAAGGUCUUAUCUCGAAAUGAUGGCUCGAAAUACGUCGAAAUGGUUCUUCAAGUGCCUUUAGACAGAGAGAUUCGGGAGGAACACAAAUUAACCCUUACAGCCUUCGAUGGCGGCAGUCCUCAGAAAACUGGCACCGUUAGGAUAAGUGUUACGGUCAUGGACGCAAACGAUAAUGCCCCUGUUUUCAGUCUGCCUGUUUACCGUGUGUCUUUAUUUGAGAACUCACCAAAUGGUGCUGCAGUAACCAAAGUAAGCGCCACUGAUAAUGACCAAGGCCCAAACGGUGAGAUUGCAUAUUCCUUUUCACGCAGUUCAGGAAAAGCACUUGAUUUAUUCCAUAUUGACACAAAAACUGGUGAAAUUACCGUAAAGGGGGAUUUAGAUUAUGAGAGGGCAAAGCAGUUAGAGUUAAACAUAGAUGCUACGGACAAAGGUGGCUUAACUGAUUCUAGUAAAGUGGUAAUCGACAUUAUAGAUGUAAAUGACAACCCCCCUGUUAUAAGCGUGAUUUCAUUUUCUAACCCAAUACCCGAAGAUGCAGCUCCUGAGACUGUGAUAGCGAUGCUGAAUGUUAAAGAUUUAGAUUCAGGGAAAAACGGGCAGGUUAAAUGUACUAUUGCUACAGAUUUGCCGUUCAAAGUGAAGUCAUCUGCGCAGAAUUUCUACAGUUUGAUCACGGAUCAAAUUUUAGACCGUGAAAAAACGUCUGAAUAUAACAUCACAGUAACAGCUAUUGAUGAAGGCUCACCUUCUUUCUCUAUUAAUAAAACACUGACUCUGAAAAUCUCUGAUGUCAAUGACAACGCCCCUGUGUUUCAGAGUCAGUCAUACACCGCGUAUGUGAUGGAAAAUAAUUCCCCCGGAGUCUCCGUUUUAUCUGUUAAAGCGCACGACAAAGACUCUGGCAAUAACGCGCGUAUUUCCUAUUUUCUGGAAGAUAAUCUCGUGAAUGGAGUCUCUGCCUCGACCUUUAUUUCAGUGAAUGCAGAGAGCGGAGAGAUUCUCGCUGUUCGAUCGUUUGAUUAUGAACAAACAAAAGAAUUUAAGAUCCGCGUAAAAGCGCAGGACGGAGGCUCUCCUCCUCUCAGCAGCAACGUGAGCGUGAAAAUAAUCAUUCAGGACCAGAACGACAACGCGCCUCAGGUUCUGUAUCCGGUCCAGUCAGGCGCUUCUGUGGUGGCUGAAAUAGUGCCUCGUUCCGCAGAUGUGGGUUAUCUGGUGACUAAAGUGGUGGCUGUUGAUGUGGACUCUGGACAGAACGCCUGGCUCUCGUAUAAACUGCAGAAACACACAGACAGGGCGCUGUUUGAAGUGGGCUUACAGAAUGGAGAAAUAAGAACUGUUCGUCAAGUGACAGAUAAAGAUGCUGUGAAACAAAGACUCACUGUUGUAGUGGAGGACAACGGGCAGCCCUCUCGAUCAGCUACAGUCAAUGUUAACGUGGCGGUGGCGGACAGCUUCCCUGAAGUGCUCUCCGAGUUCACUGACUUUACGCACGACAAGGACUACAACGACAACCUGACUUUCUACCUGGUCUUGGCUUUGGCCGUGGUUUCGUUUCUCUUUAUCGUGUCCAUCAUCGCCAUACUGUCGGUCAAAUGCUACAGAUGGAGACGCGAGCGGAUGUUUUACAAAUCUGGAGCCAAUCUUCCGGUUAUUCCGUAUUAUCCUCCUCUUUACGCAGACGUAGGGGGCACGGGAACUUUACAGCACGUGUACAAUUAUGAAGUGUGUGGCACUACUGACUCCAGAAAGAGUGAUCUGAAGUAUUUGCGGCCCUCUAGUCAAAGUGUUCUGAACUUUGACUUGAGUGGCACAAGAACUGUGCCAAAGCAAGACAGAAAUACAGAAGAUGUUAGUGCAGAGAAUGUGUCAGCUGUUGUCAGGAGGAGAAAACAGGAAGCGCGCUCCGAUCUCACAGACUGCAGAGUCGUGGGGGGAGGGGUUGUGUGUGCCGCGAGACGAGUCGAAGGUGUGGCCCUCAGAAGAGAUUAA